ACGUGGCACACACCGUUUAUCUAUCAGUACAUUAUUAAUGACUGGCCAAAAUCUUCUGGUUCUUUUUAUUUUUUUAAUCUAAUGUGGAUCUUUGUGAACGAAGCGCGGCACUGUUAUCAAAUAUGGGAGGAGCAGGCGGUGACUCAACAGGGUGCAAGAGGCUCCAGAAGGCUCUAUGCGAGUGCCACCAACGUUUCGGACCGGGUGCGACGCGGGACGCUGCCUGCCGGCACUUGAACCGAGCCUUAGCGGAGUGCUUGGUCUCCGUGCUGUGCCCCGCAGAGUCGGAGGCGGUUAGGACAUUGUGCGCCAGCGGGGGGACCCGCCUGAAGCGGUCCCAGUGCCAAGAGGCUCGGCUGUCUCUCUCCGUCUGCAUCUCAUCUCAUCAACAAGAUUGAUUCUUUCUCGAUUCGGUCGUCUUCGCAUAUCGAAUUUACCUUUUUGCCUUCAAUUGAAUGUUAUUCAAGUAAUUUUCCUGUGUUGUAAUAGUACUUCCGAGGCAGAGGCCAAAUAUAAUGUACAAAGAGAAAGAAAGAAAUAAUACGUAUGCAGAAUUUCUUGUGGAUUUUGUUGUCACUAUGAUAAUAAUAGACAAAUCUGGUAUUUGUCUCUUACCCGACAAGUGGACGGUUCUCUUAUUUACAAAUUAAUAAAUAUUUAUAGAUAUUUAUUUAUUUAUUUUGAGUAGUCCCACAGUUUGUCACAUACUCCGGAUAUAUUGAAGCACAACAGUGCCAUUCUUAUAUUUGGUUAGUGAGAUAGCUGUGUUGUCUGGCAAUUAGAUUACAUGGAUGUAAUAUGUGAUAUAACUCUUUCUUUUCUCUCCUCAUAAGCCUUACAUCCCCAGUGAAAACGUGAGAUUCCAUAUCUUGUACAACCACCAAAUACUAACACCACCAUUUUUGGGCAGCUAAGCCUUUAAUUGCUGGUACCAUGUUGUUGUUUCUUUCUAGACAAAGGUGGGAGGAGGAAGUGGACUUGCAUGGCUGUGCAUACUUCUAAAUCAGCAGGUCAUCAAUGGGGGAGGAGCAAGCUGUUGACAGGGGUUGCCAUGCCAGCUUCUGGAAAUCUGCCUUCUAAGUUCUAAUAAACCUUCAUUCUCUUGGGUUUUCUUUUAGCUAAAUAUACUUGUUUUUAUGUUCUCGAAUAUUUCCAGGGAAAUGACUGAUGGGUUAUGGUCUUUGCUUCUGCAUUUCAACCAUUUUGAUUCACUCCAGGAAACAGCUAGACCUUGCUGUUUAAUCAAGUUUUUAGCCUGCAAGGGGAUACUACAGGGUUUUAACUUUGAAGACCAAGCAAGUCCCGGACCAAGCUUGAAUAGUAAAACAAAAUCCUAUAUAAAUGAAAAGAUCAAACUGCCACUGCUCCUCCCAAAGAGAAGGGAAAAACCCACCAUGCUGUUGUUGUUUCCGCUGUUUCUGCUGGAUGAUAAAAAACACAUCUAGUGCUAAACAAAAGUUUCGCCUAAAACAUUGAUCUCAAAGUUCAGUUCAUCUAACCUCAACUACUUAUCCCACAUUGAAA